AUGUCUGCAAACGAUAAGAACGAAGUCACCAUCAACUUGAGCCAGUCUGAACUGAAGCUCAUUGCCUUGGGAACCCGCUUCUCCGAGAAUGGCAAGGUUGAUUACGAGAAACUUGCUAAAUAUGGCGGGUACACGAAGGGAUCUGCUCAGGUGUUAUACCGCAAGGCUCUGCGCAAGCUGACUGAUGUGUACCCGAUUGAUGCCGAUGCGAUGGCUGGUAAUGGCGAUGCCGGCAGCGACCCUGUUACACCUACCUCUAAAGCUAAAACACCCAAAACCCCUAACAGCCGGACAAGCGGUAAAAAGCGUAAGGAUGCCGCCGCUGCUGAAGACCAAGACACCACCGCUGCACCCCAGACUCCCCUAGGCCCUACUAUUGACGAUGCCGCCGGUGAUGCUCUUGACGCGGAGAUGGCCACGUCCACUAAGAAGCCUAGAAAGACUUCUUCAAAGCAGGCUACUACCAACACCUUCACCCCCGUCAACGAUCCAGUCAACGACGAUAGAUUCAUGAAGGCUGAAGAUGCUUUCGACGCUUUCAUCAAGGCUGAAGACUGA